AUGGAUAGCAAAGUUGCAGUGCACUGCGCAAUUGCAGCGGUCCUCGGAAUAAUAGCUGCAUCCACCGGUUUUGCGGGGGAAGCAACUAGGGUUUCUGAAGUCUUUAUGGUGCUUGAUUCGUGUGUUUAUCCAAAUAGUCCAGCACUUGCACUUGGAAUCGUAUCAGCUAUCUUCACCAUCAUUACACGAAUUUACAUAAGUGUUUGGUUUGGAUCUGGUUGUUGUCGAAGCGACCCUAAUUCGACCCCAAUUACAAAACUACUUUUUGUAUUGUCAUGGGUAGCUUCAGUUAUAGCUGUGAUACUAUUGCUUACAGCUGCAGCACUAAAUAAUAGACAAGGCGGACAGAUUGAUUCAUAUGGUUAUAUUACAUGUUAUGUUGUGAAGCCAGGAAUAUUUGCAGCAGGAGCCAUAUUAGCUCUGUUAAGUGCAGUUUUCGGGAUUGGUGCGUAUCUUACAAUAUCUUCAGUAACACAAGCCGCGACAGGUCCUACAGGUCCACUCCCAGUUGGUGCCGGUGUUGAUCUCGAGAAAUAUCCUCAACAAUACACUCCUCAGCAGUACACUCAUCAGCAAUACCCUCCUCAGCAGCACCCUCCUCAGCAAUACCCUCCACAACAAUAG